AUGGCUUUCCAUGACCGAAGUGAUCAAAUGGAAGCCGAUACUCUAUCUCACAAAUGCGAGGCAUAUGAGCUCGUGGACCCAAACAUUCCCAUCGACAUUCAGAGAGCCUUCAGCCUUUGCAGUCUACAAAGUGUGAAUUGCGAACAGCCACAGGCACAAUUCUACCAACCUAACAACUUCCAAGACAUCCAUCAUUUCCUCCAGGUCGAUGACCAGAAUGGUCAGCCCAUUGACGCACUCACUGUCCACGCCAGCCACUUCGCACCACCAACAACAAGGAUCCAACUAUCCGACCUGGAGUUGGCACCUACAUGGACGAAUCAAGAUGCCUACCCUCAUUUCGUGAACAAUCACAACGGCGCUGACACAAACAUGGCUGGAAUGCCAUUCUAUCCCUACACAGCAGACUUCGUGUCGUCUCCGUUCUCGACUUACCAGUAUUAUGAUGAGAGCGACAGCAGAAGUGCCUGGUCAACAACUCCAGAAUUCACUUACUGUCAUCCAACAGUGCCGGUCGAAGAAGAGGAGACCUUUGAUGACAAGCCCUACGCUAUGCUGAUAUACGAAGCACUGAAGCAGGCGCCAGGGCACAGGAUGAUGCUGAGAGACAUCUAUGAAUGGUUUCGUCACAAUACCACCAAACCUCAAGAAUCGGGCUCGAAUGGCUGGCAGAACAGCAUCAGGCACAACCUCUCCAUGAACAAGGCGUUCGAGAAUGACAGGGACACUUCCUGCGCCAAUUCGAGAAAAGCCAACAGCGUCUGGGUACUCACCGAGGAUGCCAUCAAGAACGGGGUGCAAUCAACAACAAGAUAUCGAAAGACUGGUGGUGGCAAACGCCACGUGGGACACCGCACCCCUGCAAUACAACGACAAAGAUCGGGAGCAAAGGGAGGUCGAGCUGCCAGCCGUGCUGCGAGACAACGGCGUCAGGAAAAUCCAUUUGUCACGUCUACUCCUCUCACAGCCAGUCCCGCCACUCCGUAUUCGGAUGUCAGUGACUACCAGAGCUUUGACUACCAUGAGCUACGACCGACAGUGAGAAGCUGGCCCAUGACGCCUAUCGAUGAUCAGCAGCCCCUUCCAGAUGAACCGAUGCAGCAUUCGUCCUUUUCUCCCCAAACCUCGAUGGAUUUUGACCUGCAACGCACUAGCUACUGUGACGAGAGCUUGCGCUUGCAGAGUAUCCUUUUGCGACCAAAUCUCGAGCAAUCCGUCAACGAGUUGGGACUCUUUCAGGCUGACUGAGGGCCAGUCGUGAAGAUGCGAUUGGUUACCAGAGAGGACGUGCAUGAUCUCGACUGCAUGGAAGCAUCAAGAUAUGCAAGAUCUUGGGGAUGAUACCGAUGAAGUCAGGGGUCGACAGUAGUCGGCUGUUAUGUAGGGUUUGUUUGUUAUUGUUGGCCAUUUUGUCAAUGCAUGCACGAGCUACGGGGGUAUGGCCAUGCUGCUGAGGACCAGCCUUAUGAUAGCAGGGGAUCACAG